AUGUCGGCCUUGGAGGGUGAUGCUGUUUUCAACCCAUCAUCAGCUGUGGAUCUUUUCAAACCAUCCAAGCAAGUUACAAGCACACGGUCACCACCAAAGUUGCUUCGAGGAAUGGCUAUGCAUAAAGCCAUGCAGCAUGUGUACGGCUUACCGGCACCAAGUUCUACUACUACUACAGCAGCAGCAUCAGCAUCAUCACCAUCACCAUCAUCAUCUGCAUCUUCUUCAGCAUUGGCAUCUUCUUCAGCAUUGGCAUCUUCUUCAUCUGCAUCUUCUUCAUUGGCAUCUUCAUCUGUAUCAUCAUCAUCUUCUUCAUCUGCAUCAUCAUUGUCAUCAUCAUCAUCAUCAUCAUCAUCUUCUGCAUCAUCAUCAUCAUCAUCUGCAUCGUCAUCUUCUGCAUCAUCAUCGUCAUCAUCAUUGUCAUCUGCAUCAUCAUCAUCUGCAUCAUCCAUGGACGAGCUUUGCGAAGCUCUCCACAUGUUGGAUCUUUAUGACCAAGACACGGCAGUACCGGAUGCAAUUCCUGACACUCCUGAGUUGCGAGAAACCGUAGAGGAUGAAGGCACAGAUGCCUCAGAGCCACAAGUUCAAGAACUUGAAGAUACCCCAAUGGCGUCACCAUUGCCAUCACCACCAUCCUUCCCGUUGCCAUUGCCACCACCACCACCGCCACCACCACAACAACCACCACCACAACAACAACAACCGCCACCACAACAACAACAACAACAACAACCACAACCGCCAAUUUUGUAUACCCAGGUGAUCCCACCACCACCCAUCAUUCAUCCGGAGGCAACACCGGAAGUAGUAGUAGCAGCAGUAGUCGCAGCAGCAUCAUCAGCACCAGCGGCAUCAGCAAUACCUGUUGCGUCAAGCACAGAGCUUGCAUCACCAAUUUUGUCUGAACAUGCUGAACAAGCAGAUUCAUUCAUGGGCGGAGACGAUAUCCUUGCAGAGAUCAUGGGGACCGAUUUUAUCGAUCCCUUUGAUGAAGUAGUCUUCAAUGAAGACGCAUAG